AUGGCACCUAUUGACCCUGGAUCUUUAGUACUGGUCACUGGCGGCAAUGGCUUUAUUGCAGCUCACUGCAUUUCAACACUUCUACGUUCCAAUUAUCGGGUUCGCGCGACAGUGCGCUCCUUCGAGAAAGGAGAAGCUACGCAUGAAUCUCUGAGUGCAGCUGGAGUCGUCAAUCUUUCUCUCCUUGAAUUCGCAAUUGUAUCCGACCCAACCGAUCUAAAGGUAUUUGCUGCACAACUCGACGGUUGUCAGGCAAUUCUGCAUUUGGCAUCGGCAUUCAAUUACGAUGUGGUGCCUGGUGAAUUCGAAGAAAAGCUUAUGAUCCCAGCAGUAAAGGGUACACAGGUUGUCUGCUCGGCUGCUCGGCUAUAUCCGAACAUUCGCCGUGUUGUGAUCAUGUCGAGCUUUGCCAGUGUCUAUGAUGCAAGCCUGGGUCUGCAGCCAGGGCGCGUUUAUACCGAGGAUGACUGGUGCCCUUUGGCCUAUGAAGAUGGCGUCAACGCCUCCAUGGUGCCUAUUGCCUAUCGCGCUUCCAAGGUUGUUGCGGAGCGUGCCGCUUGGGAUUACAUCCGUGACAACCCAGUUCAAUAUCAACUGAUGACUCUGUGUCCUGGAAUGGUAUUUGGUCGGAUAAUCCACCCAAUUUCCUCUCUUUCCCAACUCAAUGCUAGCAACCAGAUUAUCUGGCAGGUGUUGAACGCAGGAAAGGAUGCCGAGGUUCCACCUACCAAAGCGCCCGUCUGGAUUGAUGUCGAGGACCUAGCAGAAACAAGUUUGAAGUCAUUGAUCUUUUCAGGAACUGGAAAUGAGCGAUUUUUGGUAACACAGGGGUCUUAUGAUACGCAAGAAGUCGCCGAUAUCAUUCGUUCCGGAGUCCAGGACAGGAAUCGUGCUCCGGUGGGUGAACCUGGAAAGCGCAUUGCCGAUACACACUACUCGUGUGAUUCAUCAAAAGCGCAAGAACUGUUGGGAGUGAAGUUCCGAACACUGAAGGAGUCGAUCAUCCCAUUGGCACAUCAGCUUUAUGAAAUGGAGGGAACUUAUACUAGUGCUAUUUAA